AACAGAUCGGAACAGACAACUAACUCGCCAGCAUCAUGCCGUGGAAGGUUGCCAUGGCGAUAGCGCUCGUCUAUAUCCUCAUCCCUUCCGUCGCUUCUGAGGAACUCAAUCGCGUCUUGAUGACCUGCUCCCCCAAAUGCCAAUACACGGCGACCAACUGCGUCCUGCAGUCGAGAACCGCCAGUGGAGACGCGAACGCCGGGAGAUACUGUCGACUCUUUCAAAGAAGCGACGACGUCCUCACCGCGUAUCAAUGCCUGGUAAGGCUCGGACUCUGCACGGACGAUGAGUACGACAAGCUCGAAGCCGCGGCCUGCGGCGGAGCGACGCGAAAGCGGAACGGCGCCGACGAGGCCAGGAAACUUUUCUACUCGGCCGUCGACUCGAUCGGAGAGUUCUGCCAGAAGGAGUUUGUCCGAUGCGUGAGGGCCUCCAGCGUGGCCACCGUCUACAAACAGCACGGGCGGUUCUGCUAUCUCAUGGGGCUGAGCCUUGACAACUUCAACUUCAGAACGUGUCUUCUGCGGAAUAAUCAGUGCGUGCAUUCGGAGUACGCGAGGAUGAACGACUCGGCGUGCAUGAGGUCGGCGAGGAAGGCGGCGUCUUCGGAGUUCUUCGACGCACUGCUGCUCACAAGCCCCACGUGUAGGAACGGGCUGGACCACUGCAGCAUCUCCAGCAUUAAGGCUCUCGAGCUGAUACAGGCAGAACGUUACUGCGAGGCGCUCCACGUGGAGGAGGACGGGAAGUCCGCGUAUGGGUGCUUGGUGGAGUCUAACCGGUGCGAGCAGAAAGAAUAUGACAAGCUCAAGGACGCCGUGUGUGGAGGUGGCCGGCCGGCGCUCGCCCUGGGAACGAUUAUUUCAUGUCUUCUGUUUUUUUUAUUAAUCACCUCAAGAUUUUCAUUUCACUAAAUUAUAAUAUUGCUUUUAAUUUUUUUUAAAGUGCGCGUGUAUUAUUAGUUCACCUUAUGAGUAGCAUAAUUAUGCUCCAUUUGCAGUGUAUAAUUUAUUUAUAAUGAUUACUUGAAUAGCACUUGUAACCAUGCUAUUUUUAGCAUGCCCACAGA